AUGUUUUCAACCACUGGAUCCCUCAGGCGUCCGGCCUAUUCUACGCUUCUGAGGAUGUUGGUACUUGUUUCACCAUUAUCUACCAUAGGUUGGUUUACCGAUUCGCAGGCACUUGAGCCUACCACGCCAGUUGCUGAUCCCGAACGUGAUCCACCAUCUCAAACAUCUGUUGCUCCUCCCUUGGACCCGAUCAACGUCGAUCCCACUCUGACAAAUGACGCCGGGUGUCUCUCAACCUGCAAUGUUACGGGUCCGGGAGGAUUGGUCACGGGUACAUUGACGGCUGGCCAGAAUAAGGUAUCAUCAUCUCCUGUGGUGCCUGACCCAAAGCAGGCUUCGACUAAAGUCAACGCGCCUGGACCUACUGGGGCAUCACAAGCGCCGCCAAAUACUGGGCCAGGUGCAUCUUCACCGGCUCCUGGAGUAUCUCAGACUGCUCCAGCACAAGCACCUGGUGAAAGUUCGCAUUUGCCGACAGCAACCUCGAGCGGAGUUGUCGAAUCCACUGGUGCCGCUGGUCACAACGAGGUUGACCUAGGCCGUAGCGCGCUGCUGGGCAUCAUUGGACUGGGACUUGCGUUGAUGUGA